AUGGUCCAAAAAAUGGAAAACGACAACCACGAUUUCAACACUUGUAGUAGCAAUUUUGAUAUGUUAAUGAAAAAAAUAUGUAACGAAUUAAAAAAAGGAGAUAAAAACAAAAAUGGGUUAAUUAUGUAUAAUACUUUUAUUGAUGUACUGGAUUUAUUUCAGAUUGAAUAUGGUAGCUCCAUUAUGGACUAUUUAAUGAAACAUUGUAUUGUGACUGAAGACGGGUUUGUGAAUUAUAAGAAAUUGUGGCUUAUUUAUGAUCCUUCAAAAGUAACGAGAAAUAAUUCUGAAUCUGUGGAAGAAUCCAUUAACCCUAAAUUUAUCGACAUUCAGGAUAGGUAUGAAGACACUGAUAAAUAUGCUCAGGAAAAAAAUGAAAUUAUAAGAAAAUUAUAUUCCCAGUGGGACAAAUGCUUAUUAAAAGAUGAUGAAUUCAAAGCCAAGCUAAUUAAUGGGAAUGUUGAUAUUACUCCCGAAUUUGAAAGAUCUCUAUACUUACAUGGCCCAAGUAGAUCCUUAAGUUUUGCAAAUGUAAUGAAAACAUUGUACAUUAACAAUAGUAAAAAUAGAAAGAACAGAAGCAAUUUUGUAAGCAAAAUAAAAAAUGAAAAAUGGAAGAAAUUAAAUAUUGAUGAAAGUGAACAGCAUUCUUUUCAAGAUCCCCCAAGAAAUCCAAUAGUAUGGGGAGAACCAAAUGUCACAGAUCUAGAUAACGUAAUUCAGAGUGUUGAGCUUAUUUCAAAACAUUUUAUGGAAAACGGAAAUUUUAACAUCAAGGACGAAAAAAUCAUAUCAAAGGAUUUUUUUAAUAAUACAGUGAAAAAUUUAAUAAAAAACUACAUUAGUAACAAAAUUUCAGAGAAUGAAUUUUAUUUAUGUUUAAAUAAAUUAAAUAUAUCAAUAACGCCGAAAUUAAAUAACUUGAUAAAAUCCCAUGAAUUAGACAGCAAUGGAAAAUUUAAAGAUUUUUCCACAACAAUAAAUAGAUGCAUACCAAAAAACAUCUCACAUAAUUUAGAAAAAAAUAUGCACUUAUGCAUGGUUCAAAAAGAUGACAAAAAUUCAAAGUUAAAUUUUUCUUUUAACAAUAUCCCUUGUGAUCAAUUAUCCCCUGAGAAGACUAGUGAUAACCCAUACUCUAAUAACCAUAUUAACAAACACUAG